CCCUUGUUCGUCCCGGGCAAGAUGGCGGCGGCGCUGCGGCUCUGGCGGGCUGGGCGGGGCUGGCCUCGGGACGGGCGCGCCGCGGCCGUUCUCCUGAACAAGUUUCUCUUGGCUAGACCAGUUACUGUCUUGACUAGACCAAUUGAGGACUAUCAUCACCAUCAUCAUUAUCAUCAGACAUGCAAAUUUCACACAUCUCCCAGGAGUUUUGUUACUCCCAGCUCUCGAGCAAGCCAUUUCUUGGGCAUUAAAGUGCUGCAUCUGUUGGCAGCUGGUUCGGGGGGCGCCUCUCUACACUGGACCAGCGAGCGAGCAGUCAGCGUCCUCCUGCUUGGACUCCUGCCAGCAGCCUAUCUGUAUCCUGGAGCGGCUGUGGACUACUCCCUGGCAGCAACUCUCACACUCCACGGUCACUGGGGUCUUGGGCAACUUGUAACUGACUACGUCCACGGAAAGACAUCCAUUAAACUGGCCAAUGCUGGCCUCUACCUGCUUUCAGCAGCCACCUUUGCUGGCCUCUGCUACUUCAACUACCACGAUGUGGGCAUCUGCAGGGCAGUGGCCAUGCUGUGGAGCCUCUGAGACCUGCCAACAGAAUCCAGCGCUUGUUCACCGUGGUCUCUGCUUCUUUACAUUAUUAUUGAGUCUUUGAGUAUGGGGGAGAGAGCAACAAAGGGUUUGCUCUGCACGUAGCUGAAUGGCUUGAGGGAAACACCCACAUCCAUGUCCACAGCUGUAGCCAUGCAGAAAAUCUGGGAUCUCUUGCUAAGGAGAGAAUUAGAUCUGAAACAAGCUCGGAUCUGGGAAGAGCACCCAGGCAAAGCUUUGGCAUCUACUGGGAGCCACUGCAGAUGGGUGGCUGUUUCCCUGUCGAGCGGCAGGCUGGGUGCAGCAUCGCUCGUUUUGAUCUCUCGCCUCAUGUUUUUGGCCCUCUUGUUGCAAUGAAUGAAGGAUGUCUGUGGCAUCUUGUGCCAUGCAGAAGGGAAGACCUUUGUUUAAACUAUGUACAAUAAAGGAUUUAUAGAACCUGUAA